CAUUCAGCUCCCUUUCGUGUCAUGAUCCCCCGAGAUCCCUGAGCUACGUGAUAACUAACAAGCGCUAAGUCGUCUCCUCUACGCGCUUAGCCUCGCCUGAGCCUGGGAUCCCACAAAACCGUCUUCACUCUACGGGCUUUCGAGGAACCGAGAUGGCUCCUAUACCCGCAAUGUUAAGACCUUUAGGGCUCUCUCAGCCGCAGCUUCGUUCCCACGAAGAGUCUGGUGAACCCCUGUCCGACUCGUUAAAGGAUUGCCUGGGACGUACGACAGGGCCCCUAUCAAAUUGGAGUAUUGCUCCGCCAGAGUCUGUUUUCCCCGCACUCGGAUCGCUGUCGAGAGUUUUGUUUGUAGUCUGUUUGUAAAAUAUUUAGCUUCUAUUUCUCCUGUCCCGUUGUAUCCGGUGAGAAGGUAUUAAUCGUCGCCAAUCGUAUCGAGCUGUAACGACUCAUACCACGACAUACAUCUCUACAUUCAGUACACGUGAGUUGACGGUACGGACCGCAGGGGAGAAAAACUAGAUCUUAACCAGAAAGAACAGCAUCGGCUCAUAAUCACAGCAGAAGCUUGAAGAAAUGGCACCACCUUUCCGAGCUGAGCAAAUGGGCUCUCUCCUACGCCCACAGGAGCUCCUUGAGGCCCGCGCCGCCAUCCGCGAAAAGGGAAUCUCAGCGGAGGAGGCCGGUCUGCCGGCAGUAGAGAAGAAAGCGGUUGCAGACGUGGUGAAGCUACAGCAGGAUGCAGGCAUCCCGGCCAUAACGUCGGGUGAGUUCAACCGUACUCGUUUCUGGGGUCUGAUGUGGGAUGAGUUCGAAGGUACGAUUCAGCUGCAGGACGCCGCGGCCGGCAUGUUCCGGCUCUAUCACCCGGACGUCGUCUCACUCAUUGAGAAAGAUCGCCACGUCAUGCCUGGCGAUUCCGUUAUCGCGGGCAGCAAGCUUUCACAUGACCCGAGCAAGUCCGUUUCAAACCUCCACGAGCUCAAGCUUGUGCAAGCGGCCCUCCCCGAGAGCGAAUGGGGCAAUAUCAAGCUCACCAUGAUUACGCCCGCCUGGUUCCACAUGAGAUACGCUGAAGGCCGGGCGUAUACCCCGGAAGCAUACGCCAACGACGCCGAGUAUUUCGCUGACGUGGCCAAGGUGUACCAAGCAGAGCUAGACAUGCUCUACAAAGCCGGUCUGCGCAACGUACAGUUCGACGACCCAGGCAUGGCGUACUUCUGCUCGGCGAAAUUCCGACAGGGCUGGGAGGAGGAUUCUCGGAACUCAGGCACGGUGGAGGAUCUGCUCGACGCGUACAUCAAGCUGUACAACGACUGCGUAAGCAAGGCGCCGGCGGACAUGCACUUCGGCAUUCACCUAUGCCGAGGCAACUUCAUCGGCGGACGACACUUUGCCGAGGGCGCGUACGACAUCAUCGCCAAGAAGCUCUUCCAAAACCUGAAUCUGGACACCUUCUACCUCGAGUACGACACGGAGCGCGCCGGAGGCUUCGAGCCGCUGCGGUUCCUGCCCAAGGGCAAGAGCGUCGUCGUCGGCGCCAUCAGCACGAAGUUGCGCGAGCUCGAGGACAAGGAGGCGAUGAAGCAGCGCCUGUACAAGGCAGCCGAGUACGUCGCCGAAGGCCGCGGCGAGACCAAGGAGGAGGCGCUCAAGAGCAUCUGCGUCUCGCCGCAAUGCGGGUUCUCUACGCACGAGUCGGGGUAUCCUCUCUCGCUGGACGACGAGAAGAAGAAGCUUGCGUUAGUAAGACAGAUUGCAGAUGAGGUCUGGGGCGAGCCUUGAAAUAUCUUGACUCGCGGGGGGGAAAGAGAAAAUAGACAUGGGUUAAGCGCCGGUAUUUUCAACACACCAAAAGGAAAGGGUUCAGGGUAUAUACAGGGGCAUCUUAUACGGAGUAUGAAUCAACUUC